CACUCCCAUGGUGCCGCGCGCCGGGCGGGUUUGGAUUUUAAAUCCCCGCGGCCAAUCAGUGGCGCGUAGGCUUUUGUAACGUUCCCAGCGCCGCGUUUGAAUUCGGGGAGGAGCGGAGCGGUGCAGAGCGGAGCGGAGCCUCUGCACCCACCCAGCCAGGUCUCCUGAGCAACUCUGGGAACAUGAGUGCGGCGGCGACUGCGGGGAAGCUGGCGCGGGCACCAGCCGACCCUGGGAAAGUCGGGGUUCCGGCUGCUGGAGCCCCAGCGGCUGCUCCACUAGCGAAAGAGAUCCCCGAGGUCUUAGUGGACCCACGCAGCCGGCGGCGCUAUGUGCGGGGCCGCUUUUUGGGCAAAGGCGGCUUUGCCAAGUGUUUCGAGAUCUCGGACGCAGACACCAAAGAGGUGUUUGCGGGCAAGAUCGUGCCUAAGUCUUUGCUGCUUAAGCCGCACCAGAAAGAGAAGAUGUCCAUGGAGAUCUCCAUUCACCGCAGCUUGGCCCACCAGCAUGUCGUAGGCUUCCACGGCUUUUUCGAGGACAACGAUUUCGUGUUCGUGGUGUUGGAGCUCUGCCGCCGGAGGUCGCUCUUGGAGUUGCACAAGAGGCGGAAAGCGCUGACCGAGCCCGAGGCCCGCUACUACCUGCGGCAAAUCGUCCUGGGCUGCCAGUACCUGCACCGAAACCGGGUGAUUCACAGGGACCUCAAGCUGGGCAACCUCUUUCUGAACGAGAGUCUGGAGGUGAAAAUAGGGGAUUUUGGACUGGCAACCAAGGUGGAAUAUGAUGGGGAGCGGAAGAAGACCCUGUGCGGGACUCCUAAUUACAUAGCUCCCGAGGUGCUGAGCAAGAAGGGGCACAGUUUCGAGGUGGAUGUGUGGUCCAUUGGGUGUAUCAUGUAUACCUUGUUAGUGGGCAAACCACCUUUUGAGACAUCUUGCCUAAAAGAGACCUACCUCCGGAUCAAGAAGAAUGAAUACAGUAUUCCCAAGCACAUCAACCCUGUGGCUGCCUCCCUCAUCCAAAAGAUGCUCCAGACGGAUCCCACUGCCCGCCCCACCAUUCACGAGCUGCUUGAUGACGAGUUCUUCACUUCUGGCUACAUCCCUGUCCGUCUCCCCAUCACAUGCCUCACCAUCCCACCAAGGUUUUCAAUUGCUCCCAGCAGCCUUGACCCCAGUAACCGGAAGCCUCUCACGGUCCUCAAUAAAGGCACGGAGAAGCCCCAGCCUGAUCGUCCUCGGGAAAAAGAGGAACCAGUGGUUCGGGAGACGAAUGAGGCGGUUGAAUGCCACCUCAGUGACAUGCUGCAGCAGUUACACAGUGUCAAUGCCUCCAAGCCCGCAGAGCGAGGGCUGGUGAGGCAAGAGGAGGCAGAGGAUCCCGCUUGCAUCCCCAUCUUCUGGGUCAGCAAGUGGGUGGACUACUCCGACAAGUAUGGCCUCGGGUAUCAGCUCUGUGACAACAGUGUAGGGGUGCUCUUCAAUGACUCCACGCGCCUCAUCCUAUACGACGACGGGGACAGCCUGCAAUACAUAGAGCGCGACGGCACCGAGUCCUACCUCUCCGUGAGCUCCCACCCCAACUCCUUGAUGAAGAAGAUCACCCUCCUGAAGUACUUCCGCAAUUACAUGAGCGAACACUUGCUGAAGGCGGGCGCCAACAUCACGCCACGCGAGGGUGACGAGCUGGCGCGACUCCCCUACCUGCGCACCUGGUUCCGCACCCGCAGCGCCAUCAUCUUGCACCUGAGCAAUGGCACCGUGCAGAUCAACUUCUUCCAGGACCAUACCAAACUCAUCCUGUGUCCGCUGAUGGCAGCCGUGACCUACAUUGACGAGAAGCGGGACUUCCGCACGUACCGCCUGAGCCUGCUGGAGGAGUUCGGCUGCUGCAAGGAGCUGGCCAGCCGGCUGCGCUACGCCCGCACCAUGGUGGACAAACUCCUGGGCUCGCGCUCGGCCUGCCAUCGCCUCAAGGCCUCCUCCUAGGCCUCCCCCUCUGGACUGGCGCCUCCUCCCUCCCACCAGCUCCCGGGCCUGCGCUGGUUGGCUCCCGUGGGCAGUUUCUGUAGUGUGCCCCAGCCCUGGGGGCUGGGCAGGAGCUCCGUGGCCCUGCAGGUGGGGUGUGUAAGUUAUUUUUGUACAUGUGGGGGUGUGGGUUCUGGCUCUUGCUCUCACGCAGCCCACCAGAUGAAUUGCACAGAGAAUUUCUAUUGAAUCGGGACUGCCCCUUCCUCGGCUUUAUACGCAUUAAACACAUGUGAGUCUUCA